CUGCUAGGGGGCAGGACAGUCCCCGCUACUCCUCCUCAAGUAGCUCGUCUCACCUGCCCAGCCCUAGAGAGAAUGAAAACAGAGCCGACAGCACCGGGAGAGGGGACCACAGCUUCAGAAUGGAAGGUUUCAGUGAUGAAGAUUAUGAGAAGCCGUUCUUCAGGAACCACUCUCAUGUGGGGAAGAAGGAGCCCUUUGUUCUCUCACCUGCAGGAGAAACACCUGUUGUACAGAUUCCUGCUACCAUCAACCGUUACCUGCGCGACUACCAGAGGGAGGGAGUGCAGUUCCUGUAUCGGCAGUACGAGGCUGGAAUGGGGGCCAUACUGGGGGACGACAUGGGGCUGGGGAAAACUGUCCAGGUGAUUUCCUUCCUGUCUGCUGUGUUGGGAAGAACUGGGACGAGAGAAGACAUCACCAACUUCAAGAAGAAGAGGCAAGACUCUCCUGAUGACCACGAGGAGAAACAGCAGGUAUUUCUGAUCGUCAGUCCUGCUUCUGUUCUGUACAACUGGCUGGACGAACUGGAGACAUGGGGACACUUCAGAGUCGGUAAGUACCACGGAGACCCGAGCCUGCGGGAUGAGGUGCUGACCAGAGCGGAGGCAGGAAGGCUGGACAUUGUCAUCACUACGUACGAAACUCUUAGGAGGAACCUGAAUGAGGUGAACUCUGUGCGGUUUGACUGGUCAGCUGUGAUCGUGGAUGAGUGCCACAAGAUUAAGGAGAAGAAGGCGAAGAUCACGGAGGCCAUGGGUCAACUGCGCGUCCGUCGUCGGGUGGGGCUCACCGGGACGAUCCUGCAGAACAACCUCAUGGAGAUGUGGUGUGUGCUCAACUGGGCCAACCCAGGUUGCCUAGGUGAUGACAAAGAUUUUAGGGCCAAGUUCGUGCAGCCAAUCGAGGAAGGGCAGAAGAUGAACUCAACAAAACGGCAGCUGGCCGAAGCUCGGAGAAAAGCCAAGAUGCUGAGCAACCUGAGGAAAAAGUGGUUCAUCCGCAGAACCAAGAAGAUCAUAGCAGACCAGCUUCCCACUAAAGAGGAGCAGGUGGUGUUCUGUAAGCUGUCCGAUUUCCAGCAGACCUGUUACCAGUCAGUGCUGGAGAGUGAGGAUGUGCAGCUGGUCCUACACCAAAACGACCCGUGCGACUGCAACAGUGGGCUCAGGCAGAGGGAGUGCUGCCAUGAGACCAAUAAAGAGGGAGAAUUAGUGAAACAGUUGAUGUUCAGCUACCUGAGUGUCCUGCUGAAGGUGUCCAACCACGUGGCCCUCCUCCUUCCAGAGAUGCAGGGCAGUAAGAAGGCCCUGAAGAGAACCCAGCGGGUAUGUGAUGUGGUGUUCAGCAAACAUCCGCACUUUGUCAGGCUGGCAAGGGAGGCAGCGUUUAGGACACUGUCUGAUCCAAAGUACUGUGGAAAAAUGCAGGUAUGUAUUUCUGGAAAGAAAAUGUUUUAAAUUAAAUCCCUUUAAACGUCUUAAGUUGAAAUCCAACUUUGUAAGGCUGGCCAGGGAAGCAGCGUUUAGGACUCUGUCAGACCCAAAAUACUGUGGAAA